CACACAGAUGUGCUUUAGUUGUGUUGUCAUUUCGCCGGACACGAAGGCAAUUUUAGAUGUAGCUCGUGUGUGGUAUGCAACAAUAAAUCAAAUUUCCGAGAGUGGGUCAACAGGUCUGGGCGCUUUGCAGUCUGUCCUUAAGAUAAGGCUCACCGCAUCACAAACUUCAUCGCUGAAUUGAUCCCAAGCCGGUAUUGGCAGCGGGCCGGAGAGAGAGCAUACAUAAUCUAGAGUAUUCCUAGCUAGUUCACGAAUCACCACCGAUGGCAACCCCGACCGUCGUGUUGCUGCCCGUCUGGGGCGCUGGCCACCUCAUGUCCAUGCUGGACGCAGGCAAGCGGUUGCUCGCCCGCAGCCGCGGCGCUCUCUCGCUCACGGUGCUCGUCAUGCAGGCACCGGCGGAGAACUACAGGUCCGAGGUCGCCGGCCACAUUCGUCGGGAGGAAGCUUCCGGGCUGGACAUUCGCUUCCAUCACCUCCCCACCGUUGAGCUCCCAACGGACUACGUGGGCAUCGAGGAAUUUAUCUCCCGUUUCGUGCAGCUCCACGCGCCGCACGUGAAGGCGGCCAUCUCCGGCCUGGCGUGCCCCGUGGCAGCACUUGUCGUCGACUUCUUCGCCACGACGCUGUUCGACGUCUCCCGCGAGCUCGCCGUGCCGGCAUACGUGUACUUCACCGCCAGCGCCGCCGCGUACGCGCUCUUCCUGCGCCUGCCGGCGCUCCAGGAGGAGGUAACGUGCGAGUUCGAGGAGUUGGACGGCAUGGUGGACGUUCCCGGGUUGCCGCCGGUGCCGCCGUCGUCCCUCCCGUCGCCGUUGAUGGACAAGAAGAACCCCAACUACACAUGGUUCGUGUACCACGGCAGGCGUUUCAUGGAAGCCAACGGCGUCAUGAUUAACACGGCGGCCGCGCUCGAGCAGAGCGUUCUUGCUGCCAUCGCCGACGGCCGGUGCACGCCCGGAAUCCCUGCCCCGACGGUCUAUCCAGUCGGCCCUGUGAUCUCCUUCAAUCCGCCAGCGGAGCAGGGCGGCCAUGAGUGCCUCCGGUGGCUCGACACGCAGCCUCCGGCCUCCGUGGUGCUCCUCUGUUUCGGCAGCGGAGGCUUCUCCACCGCGCCGCAGGCGCACGAGAUCGCGCACGGGCUGGAGCGCAGCGGGCACCGGUUCCUCUGGGUUCUGCGUGGCCCGCCGGCAGCCGGCGCGCAGCAACCCGCGGACGCGAAUCUAGAGGAGCUGCUCCCGGAGGGGUUCCUGGAGAGGACCAAGGGGAAGGGCCUCGUGUGGCCGACAAAGGCGCCCCAGAAGGAGAUCCUCGCGCACGCCGCCGUGGGGGGUUUCGUGACGCACGGCGGGUGGAACUCGGUCCUGGAGAGCCUGUGGUUCGGCGUGCCCAUGGUGCCGUGGCCGCUCUACGCCGAGCAGCACUUCAACGCGUUCACGCUGGUCGCCUACAUGGGCGUGGCCGUGGCCAUGGAGGUGGACAGGAAGAGGAAAAACUUCGUGCGCGCGUCAGACCUGGAACGAGCCGUGGUGGCGCUCAUGGGCGACUCCGACGAGGGAAGGAAGGCGAGAGAGAAAGCCACGGAGAUGAAAGCUGCCUGUAGGAGUGCCGUCGAGGAAGGAGGUUCGUCGUAUUCUGCACUGGGGAGCCUCGCGGAAGAGAUGAUUAAAGGCGUGAACCAGAGAUCGCCGCACUGAAAUGGUGUUCUGCAUAAGGGUGCGUAGAAAAUCAACUUGGAGGGAGCUGGACCGAGUGUUUAUUUUCCUGAUUGCUAAUAAUUGCUGCUGCUGGCACAUCGUGAGCAACCGUCCGGCGUCUGCUGCACCGAUCGUGCGGACACGUGCCUGGUGAGCCCCGCGCUAAUCAGGCUUUUUCGGUCAAGACAUGUAAUCCUCGUGGGCUCAUUUGAGUUGGUUGAGAAAUAAUAAUUCCUUUUUUUGCGAAAGGGAAAAAUAAUUAUUUCAGGGUCAAUGAUGUGAACUGUUGAUUCGGAUGCGGAGAUUCGGGAGCUUUCAGGUUUCUUUGUGCUUGUAUUAUUUGGGAAUUUCAGCUUUGUUGGAGGUAGCAUAUCAUUUUUGUGCAACUCAGCUUAUAAAAAUGCGCAGCUUUAUCAGUUUUAUUCCUAAAAUUGUAAUAGUGGUAAUGGCUAUUGUAUCAGUGAGUAUGAUUUAUGGUUCAAACGUUGCUAAGUUA